CUAAAUCUCACCUUCCCCACCCUAGAAGCAAAACCAACUCUAGGUUCAUUUGUUGGAUCCGGAAAGACCUGAUUGACAGCAACACAUUUACUGCCGCCGACUGCUUCCCAGCCUCGAUUCGUCCGUUUGAUCCUCCACCAAGAAAGAUCAAGGUUGCGAGAGAGGGGAUUGGACCCGGUUCUCUGUCGUUUGCGGAGGUAGUGAAGCGUGGUGCUGCGAUGGCUGAUCGUCGAGCUGGAAGCAGCGGCAACCCUACCGCCGGUCAGUCUAAGGUGCCGGUGCAGAAGGCUACCUCCUUUGCUGGGCGCAAGCAGCCAUCUGUUCCGCCGGCAAAGGAACAAGUCCAUGCACCAAAACCAGCUAGAUCCACUACUUCGACUGCGGGCUCAGCUCAGGUACAGUCAUCCCAUUCUGUGGAAGUGGAGGUUGAGCAAGCCCUAGAUCCAAGGUAUAAGGAUAUGAUAUGUUUUAAUUGCGGGGGUCCAGGCCAUUAUGUGGGGAACUAUGUCAAGCCAAAAACCUGCUUCAUUUGCCAGCAAAACCAUAAUGUUAACAACUGUGCGGCUUGGUCAAAAGUUCAGCCCACUGCUGCUUUCUUUGGUAGUGGGGCGCGGGGACUUGGUUUCUACCAUGUAGAUGUGCCUAUUGCUAAUGAGUCGAAGUGGUUAAACUUCCAGAAUUGUGCUGUGGUUAAUAUACUGAAAGGAGAAGUGGACUGGACUGUCCCAAGUUGAUGUAAUUACUUACUGCAACCUUCUGCAAAACUAGACAGUGGCCUUGGCAGAUCAGAGGACUGUCUAGUAAGACCUUUUUGGUCAGGUUUCCCCCAUGGAAGAAAGUGGAGGAUCUCAUUGAGUUGCCUGGGUUCUCCCUGCCUUAGGAUGUUAAUGUCAAUCUAACCGAAUGGAAAGGAGGAUGUGAGCCUUUUGGUGAACUGGUUGAAGCUUGGGUACUAGUGGAGGGCAUCCCUCCCAAGUGGUGUACAUGGAAAGUUUUUGCUCAGAUUGCUUCUCUAUUUGGGGCUCUAACUGAUGUUGAUUGGAAUGGUAUGUUUAGGACUUUCUUUGAAAAUGUCAGGAUUAAGAUUGCUUGCAGAGAUCCAACGAAAAUACCUUUUUGAGAGGUUAAUUGAGAUGAAAAAGAAUUUUUCCUGCUUGGAUUUACUGUUGAGGGUUUUGAGCAGGUGGGUGGGAUUGAUUCUGUCAUUGAUAUUGAAGAUGAUGAGGAGGUAAUGAAGAGGGAGAAGAAGGUGGAGAGGAUCAACUAGAAGAAGGCAAGGAGACCCAUGAAGAACAUAAUUCUGAUGGAUCAGGGGAUGGAGGGCUGGCCAUUGAUGAAUUGGACAAAGCUAUCUUUCCCUCAAAACAUGGAUCUACUAGCAAAAAAAGUGCAAAAGAGUUGGUGUUCUCACCCAUGGAACCCUACCAUGACUCGGAUCAGGACACCUUUGUUCUGGCAUAUUUUUGCUUCUGCUAAAACUGUCAAAACUUCUACAUCUUUUGAUGUGAUUGGGGAGCUGUGUGACCAAAACAAACAAAUGGUGGGCCCACAAAACAGAGCUGAUCCAUAUGUUGAUCAGGGUAAUGAGGAUAUGAUCCAAGGAACUCCUGCUACUAUCUGGAGAAAGGGGAGUGCAACAUUGGAUGGGGAAAAAUCUGAGAGUAUGGACUACUGUGAGGACCUACUUAAAUUUGUGGACUUAUCUGAGUCUGAAAAUGAGGAGCUGACAGAGGAGGAUUUGGGGGUUCUUCCCCCUGAAGCAAUCCAUAUCUUGCAAAGUGAGACACUGAAGAGAUCUCUGCUGGAUUCACUGAAUCAAGCCCAGAAGGAGGGAGUUAUCCCGGAGAAAGGUGUCAAGUGGGGGCCUGUGGUUGCAAAAAAACCUAACACAAGAGGACAUGGGAACAUCAACAUCAUGGAGAAAGCUGCUGCAUACAAGAGGAAAAAGAAUCUGGAGGUUCCUGAGACUUUUAAAGGAGGAAGGAAUUUGGUGGUCUUGGUGUCCCUAAUCUUAGGGAUUUUAACAUGGCCCUCCUAGCUUCUUGGGGGAAAAGGUUAUUUGAUGACAGAGCUAGUGAUUGGAAAAAAAAUUUGGCAUACAAAUACAAUGUUGAUAGUCCCAAUCUGUUUAGUAUUAGAC